CAUCUUCAGAUUUACAUAAAGAAUGAAGAAGCUCUCUCCUGCCUGCAAUUAAAUUGACUGACCCCUCAUGCCCCUCCAAGAUUACAGACAGGUACCGAGGUACCUAAACAUUCAAGGAUCAAAGUGCUGCUUGCCCACUCUGACUCAACAGAGAUCAACCAAUGCUUUACCCUGCUAAUCGAUAACACCCCGCCCACCACAGGUACCCCGGUACCUCCUGUGCUGCUGAGAGCCAAAAGACCAGAUCCAGAACAAAACUUCAACUCGAGGACGAGAAGCGACACACACAGCAAACGGGGCAGCACCACAAAGUCAGCAUGCUCGACGUUACCGACUUCAUUGCCGACCGUGGCGGAAACCCGGAGAAGAUCAAGGAGUCGCAGCGACGCCGUGGCGCGCCUGUCGAGAUUGUGGACGAGAUCAUCGCACUGUGGGAGGACCACCGCAAGACCCUAUAUGCUGCGACACAGGUCAAGAGCAAGGUCAACGAGACCCAGAAGGCAAUUGGUCUGAAGAAGAAGAACAAGGAGAACGCAGACGAGCUGCUCCAGGAGAAGACUGCUCUCGAGAAGUCCCACAAGGAGCUCCUCGACUCUGCCGCCGCGAAGGAUGCCGACCUGAAGGCGAAACUGAACACGAUCGGCAACAUCGUGCACGACUCCGUCCCCGUUUCCAACGACGAGGCGAACAACGAGGUCAUCCGGACGUGGGCCCCCGAGGGCGUCGCCGUCGAGAAGAAGGAUGUCCUGUCCCACCACGAGGUCCUCACCCGGAUAGACGGCUACGACCCGGAGCGCGGGACCAAGGUCGUGGGCCACCGCGGCUACUUCCUCAAGAACUGGGGCACGUUCCUCAACCAGGCCCUGAUCAACUACGGCCUGGAGUUCCUGAUGAACCGGGGGUACACGGCGCUGCAGGCGCCCCAGUUCAUGCUGAAGGGCAUGAUGGCCAAGACCGCCCAGCUCUCCGACUUUGACGAGGAGCUCUACAAGGUCGUCGACGGGGAGCCCCAGAACGACAAGUACCUGAUCGCCACCUCGGAGCAGCCGAUCUCGGCCUUCCACGCGGACGAGUGGCUGCAGAAGUCGGAGCUGCCCAUCAAGUACGGCGGAUACUCCAGCUGCUACAGGAGGGAGGCGGGAGCACACGGCCGCGACGCCUGGGGCAUCUUCCGCGUGCACGAGUUCACAAAGGUCGAGCAGUUCGUGCUGACCGACCCCGAGAAGUCGUGGGAGAUGUUCGACGAGAUGAUCGGCGCCUCGGAGGACUUCUACAAGUCGCUCGGCCUGCCGUACCAGAUCGUCGCGAUCGUCUCGGGGGCCCUGAACAACGCCGCCGCCAAGAAGUACGACCUGGAGGCGUGGUUCCCCUUCCAGGGCGAGUACAAGGAGCUCGUCUCGUGCUCCAACUGCACUGACUACCAGUCCCGCGGCCUGGAGAUCAGGUUCGGCAACAAGAAGCAGACGGACAUCAAGAAGUCGUACGUCCACUGUCUCAACUCGACGCUGUGUGCCACCACCCGUGCGAUGUGCUGCAUCCUUGAGAACUACCAGACCGAAGAUGGUCUGAGGGUGCCCGAGCCACUGCGGAAAUACAUGCCCGGUGCCCCCGAGUUCAUCCCGUUUACUAAGGAACUGCCCAAGGACACCACUUCUCAGAAGCAGAAGGCGAAGGAGAACAAGGGCUCCAAGCCCAAGGAGGCCGCGAAGGGCGCAGCCAGCGCAGCAGCCGGUGCCGUGGAGAAGGUGGCCGAGAAGCUGAAGGAGGCCUCUGUCUAAUGUCGUCUUACGUGUGCAAGCGACCAAAUUUGCAUCUAUCUGUAGGGCUGACUGGUCGGCAUGACGGAAAGUCUCGAAGAUAUUCAUGACGGGGUAGAGCAAAACGGUCCAGCCUAUUGCUAUGGUGUGAGCAUCUGUUUGCUGUCUAGAGAUACCUUCCUCGCAUGAAAAUUAAAGAGGGUGCGCAAGAGACAAAACCCGAAUUGC